AGCCGUUAUCUGCCUUCACUCCUAACCACCACCAUCCGUGCUGCUAGCAGGACACCGCCCGUACGCCUUGCCCGACCCCCUAUAUCACGCACCAUGACAUCGCGCGCCGUCGAAGCAUCCCGUGCCGUCCUCAAGUCAAUCGACCUCUCGGGGACCUAUGACGCAGAGCAGACCCGUCUCAUGGACGAGCGGUGCAUCCUCGUCGACGAAGACGACCGCGCACUGGGAGCCGCAGACAAGAAGACAUGCCACCUGAUGGAGAACAUCAACAAGGGCCUCCUGCACCGCGCGUUCUCCGCGUUCGUCUUCCGGCCGGACGACGGGAAGCUGCUGCUGCAGCAGCGCGCGAGCGAGAAGAUCACGUUCCCGGACAUGUGGACGAACACCUGCUGCUCGCACCCGCUCGACGACUUCGCGGCGGAGAAGGAGGAGCGCGAGCAGCUCGGCGUGCGCGUCGCGGCCUCACGCAAGCUCGAGCACGAGCUCGGGAUCCCCCCAAGCCAGACUCCCGUCGACGCGUUCCAGUACCUCACCCGGAUACACUACCUGGCGCCCUCGGACGGCAUUUGGGGCGAGCACGAAGUUGACUAUAUCCUCUUCUUGACCGCGGACGUCACGGUGACCCCGAACCCGAACGAGAUCCGGGACCACAAGUAUGUGGACAAGGCGGAGCUUCAGGCGAUGUUCGAGGAAUCUUCGAAUUCGUUCACGCCCUGGUUCAAGCUCAUCGCGCGCGACUUCUUGUUCGGGUGGUGGGACGAGCUGCUGGCGCGGAGGGACGCGCAGGGUAAACUGCAGGCCAAGAGCCUUGCGGGGCUCGUGGACGGCAGUAAGGUGGUGAAGAUGGUAUGAUUCAUUGCCCUUCUUGUAAACAGAUACCUACUGCUUUUUUCUUGAUUUCAUCGUGAACUCCUG